UUUCUAAUCUUCUCUCAUUUUGGUAGCUUAUGAUAUGCUUUUCCUUCUUUCUCAUCAGUCGGUAGCAACAAUGGCAGCAUCCGCUAUGCUAUCUAUCGCCGGCGCUGGAACCGAGUUUUUCAGUGAGUUCCGGCAACUGGGUCGUGUUGAAUCGAAGUUCUGUGAAAGACCCAGAAAGCUUUUUAGGUGCUCAUGUAUGAAUGGGCAUAAUUUUCCACACAAGUGCAUCUGGAGAAUACCCAGGAGAAGAAACUUUAUUUUCAAGUCAAGGUACUCAUCUUUGGUUCUGGCCUUUGGCAAAGAGAAUGCAAGUGAAAAUACAGAUGAUUUGUAUGAUGACUUGUUUAACAAAUUUGGAAAGGUGGUAUUCAGGAGAACGGACCAGAAGCCUCACAGCGCAGAGGUAGAUGACGAUGCCGAAAGCUUAUCAUUUGCUGUGGAAAUGGCCAAGGUUGCAAGUGAGGUGAAGGCAGCUGAUAUAAAGGUUCUCUUUGUGAAACCUCUUGUGUAUUGGACUCGAUAUUUUAUCAUUGCCACAGCGUUCUCUCGCCCUCAGAUUGAUGCUAUUGGAUCAAAAAUAAGAGAUCUAGCUGAAAAGAAGUAUGGGAAAGUUCCAACUGGGGACACAAAACCCAACUCAUGGACCUUGUUGGAUUUUGGUGAUGUAGUUAUCCAUAUAUUCCUUCCGCCACAAAGAGCUUUCUACAACUUGGAAGAAUUCUAUGCUAAUGCAACGCCCAUUGAGCUAAUUUUUGAAAACCAACCACCAUUUCGCAGUUGAGAAAGUUACGAUUUGCCCAGUCAAAAGCUUAUGCCAAUGGAUACAGUUUUUUGACAAGCUUGUCACAAAGCUUGAAACAAGGCUGGAACAUUGCUGAUAGUGAGUAGUGGGCACAGUUUGCUUUGCAGGAGAUGAUCAACAAUUAUCAGUGAGUAAUUAGUACGAAUGGUUCCUGCUUUGAUUGUAAAUUUUCAUCUGGACUCCAGCUCCUGUAAAGAUUCAACUUAGUAUUUUUUAGAUAAAUUUGAUAAAAAUCAAGUCUAGUCAAUGAAAAAUGACACUAUUUUGUACAUAA